GGAAAAUCCAGAAUAACUAACUAACCCUCGCAAACGCUCCGGGCGUCUCUUGAUCGCUGAUCGGUUUGCUAGAUUCAAGCAAGCUUCGAAACCCUAAACUCCUUACUCAUUUGCUCAACUUCAGAUUGAAGGAGGCAAAUUUUGGCUUCUUCUUCAGUGAUCAACAUCAUCAUAACCAGAUACAAUGUCAGCUUUGUUCAAUUUCCAUUCGUUUUUGACGGUGGUGCUGCUUGUGAUCUGCACUUGCACUUAUCUCAAGAUGCAGUUCCCUGCCAUUCUCGAGCAGAAAACUGGGUUUCGUGGAUUCUUUUGGAAAGCUGCUAGAAUUGGUGAGCGUUUGAGCCCUUGGAUGUCGGCGGGAUGCUUCAUGAUGGGUGUCUCCAUCAUUUUCUUUUGAGUCUCACAGAACCAGUUCAUGUCUUCAUUGAGAUAUUCUGUAUGCAAACGCAUUCUAAGGUUUUGGAUGAAUGAAACUGAAAGAGUAGAAUAUAUUAUAUUUGGAUUUUGUGUUUGGUCUUGUAACUGUUGUAUUGUUUUCAUGUGGAAACUUAACUAUAAGCGACCCAUCAAUCAAAUACGAAUCUUUGUCGCAGACACACGAA